AUGGCAGCACAGUUUAAACCGACGCGUGUUUUCCGCGCUCACAGUGGAAAGUGCAAAGUCUCCAUUAUGAGUGACAUACCUACCAAUAAGCCAUUGGGCAUCUUGAAGACUUCAAACAGGAAUGACAACUUUAAAGUUCCGUCUCUUGGUGUAUCUAAGCCAGAAAAAGAACAAAAUAAAAGUUGGCACUAUAACACUACUCCACGGCCUACAAAAGCUGUUAAUAAUGAAAAUAUAAACCCUAAUGGGAACUUUCCUGAAAGCACUAAAGAAACACCAGGAAAGACUAUUUUUGAGCUCUGCAAGCAGAUGUCUGCAUUAGCACUGCUCAUGCCUGAUGGAAUGCAGCAAAGUACUAGGGAUACCCAGGCACAGCCUAAAAAGGUAAAACUUCCUUUCUCUGAACCUUUUGCUGGUGUGGAUAAACUCGUUGAAAAAGAUUAUCUGAGCGACCCUGAAGAAAUUGAACCUGACAAUGUACCCCGCAAGACAUUGGUCAUUACAGAUGAUGAUGAAUUUUUCACUGAUGCUUCAGAGUAUUUCAAAAAUGAAGAUCUAAACAUUGAUAAUACAAGUGAUAAUGAUGCUUUUAAAUCUCUAGAGUCGUCACCAAGAACUUCACUGAAUGUUGCUGGAACUCUUAUGAAGAACAAUAACUCUGGUGAAAGAGAUUCAGAAAGUGCUAUUAUUGGGAUUGAUGAGACACAGGAAGCAUCUUUACCAGAAAAGAUUUCCGAUAAAAAUAUCCACGAGAAAUUGGAGUAUAUAGAACCUGAAAUUAAUUCUGAUUUAUUCAACGAGGCAAUCCAUAAUCAAAAUAUUGGCAAUCUUUCAGAAUCUCAUGAAAAUAAAAAUCCAUCUUCUCAAGUCAUUUGUAUAGAACCAGAAACAGUGGCUGAACAUCAUGCUGAAGAUUUCACUAAUUUACCUAAAGAUGCAAAGUUAACUAAUUCCACUGACGUUGAAAAUGGGGAUUACUUGAAGAUUAUAGAUCAAAAUUCUGACAGCAUACCAAUUGAUGAGAAAUCAGUUAAUGUCAUCAAGUCUGUGGAAACUGCAAACGAUAGUUCUAAUGCUUCAACCAAUGAAAGUUAUAUUCUUCAACCUCCACUUGAUGAAAAGCAAAACACGGAUAUUUUGGAUGUUUGCAAAGUCGAAGAAAAGAUUGCCGAAAUUUCAAUUCCUGAGAAAUUUGAUCAUUUUAAUGCUGAAGACAAAUCAAAAGAUAGAACCCCUGAUUCUAGUUCUGUUAAUACUUCUGAAAUUAGCAACCAGAUAAAUGAGUCUGUUGCUACUGGCUCAACAAAGACUGACAAAAAUAUGUCAGAUAGUGAAACUACUUUGAUGACAGUACAGACUGAAGAAAAGAUUUCAGGAGCUAAAGAGACUGUUGAUUCUCUUGAAAGUGAAAUUGCUAACUGUCUAACUUUAAAAGAGAAAAUUCCUGAAGAGAAAUCAUCUGAUAAUGUAGAACAUUUUGAAUGUAGUCCUAAAAUUGAUGCUGCAAAUGUUGAUGCAGAGAAGACUGAAGAGAAUAAUUCAAAUCUGCUUGAGUCUCAGAAUGUUGAGUGUAGCCAUGAAAGUCCUAAACCUCAAUCAACUGAAGAAAACACUCGUGAAAAUGCUCAGCUAUCGAAAGCAAUAGAUAAUGCUUCAGUUGCUGAGAAUGUAGAAAUCAACAAACCAGUUGCAGAUAUUGGAAGACCAGUUGAUGAGCAACCAGUUCUACAUUCAUCAGUUAAUGUCAUCCAGUCUGUGGAAACGGCAAAUGAUAGUUCUGAUACUUCGACCAAUGAAAGUUAUAUUCUUCAACCUCCAGUUGAUGAAAAGCAAAACACGGAUAUUUUGGAUGUUUGCCAUGUUAAAGAAAAGAUUGCUGAAAUUUCAGUUCCUGAGAAAUUUGAUAAUUUUAAUGCUGAAGACAAGUCAAAAGAUAGAACCCCUGAUUCUAGUUCUGUUGAUACUUCUGAAAUUAGCAACCAGAUAAAUGAGUCUGUUGCUGCUGGCUCAACAAAGACUGACAAAAAUAUGUCAGGUAGUGAAACUACUUUGAUGACAGUACAGACUGAAGAAAAGAUUUCAGGAGCUAAAGAGACUGUUGAUUCUCUUGAAACUGAAAUUGCUAACUGUCUAACUUCAAAAGAGAAAUCGUCUGAUAAUGUAGAACAUUUUGAAUGUAGUUCUAAGAUUGGCACUGCAAAUGUUGAUGCAGAGAAGAAUGAAGAGGAUAAUUCAAAUCUGCUUGAGUCUCAGAAUACUGACUGUAGCCAUGGAAAUCCUAAACCUCAAUCAACUGAAGAAAACACCAGUGUAAAUGCUCACCUAUCGAAAGCAAUAGAUAAUGCUUCAGUUGCUGAGAAUGUAGAAAUCAAGAAGCCUGUUGCAGAUAUUGGAAGACCAGUUGAUGAGAAACCAUUUCUACAUUUAUCAGUUAAUGUCAUCCAGUCUGUGGAAACCCCAAAUGAUAGUUCUUAUCCUUUGACCAUGGAAAGUAAUAGCAUACAACUUCCAGUUGAUGAAAAGCAAAACACGGAUAUUUUGGAUACUUGUAAAGUUGAAGAAAAGAUUGCUGAAAUUUCAGUUCCUGAGACCUUUGAUAAUUUUAAUGAUCAAGAUAAAUCAAAAGAUAGAACCCCUGAUUCUGAUUUUGUUGCCCCUCCUGAAAUUAGCAACCAGAUAAAUGAGUCUGUUGCUACUGGCUCAACAAAGACUGACAAAAAUAUGUUAGAUAGUGAAACUACUUUGAUGACAGUACAGACUGAAGAAAAGAUUUCAGGAGCUAAAGAGACUGUUGAUUCUCUUGAAACUGGAAUUGCUAACUGUCUUACUUCAAAAGAGAAAUCGUCCGAUAAUGUAGAACAUUUUGAAUGUAGUUCUAAGAUUGGCACUGCAAAUGUUGAUGCAGAGAAUAAUUCAAAUCUGCUUGAGUCUCAGAAUGUUGACUGUAGCCAUGAAAGUCCAAAACCUCAAUCAACUGAAGAAAACACCAGUAGAAAUGCUCAGCUAUCGAAAGCAAUAGAUAAUGCUUCAGUUGCUGAGAAUGUAGAAAUCAAGAAACCUGUUUCAGAUAUUGGAAGACCAGUUGAUGAUAAACCAGUUCCACAGUCAUCAGUUAAUGUCAUCCAGUCUGUGGAAAUGCCAAACGAUAGUUCUGAUCCUUUGACCAUGGCUCAGCCUCCAGUUGAUGAAAAGCAAAACACUGAUAUUUUGGAUACUUGCAAAGUUGAAGAAAGGAUUGCUGAAAUUUCAAUCCCGGAGAACUUUGAUUAUUUUAAUGAUGAAGAUAAAUCAAAAGAUAGAACCCCUGAUUCUAGUUCUGUUGGCUCUUCUGAAAUUAGCAACCAGAUACAUGAGUCUGUUGCUACUGGCUCAACAAAGACUGACAAACACAUGUCAGCUAGUGAAACUACUUUGAUGACAGUACAGACUGAAGAAAAGAUUUCAGGAGCUAAAAAGUUUGUUGAUUCUUUUGAAACUGGAAUUGCUAACUGUCUAACUACAAAAGAGAAAAUUCCUGAAGAGAAAUCGUCUGAUAAUGUAGAACAUUUUGAAUGUAGUUCUAAGAUUGGCACAGCAAAUGUUGAUGCAGAGAAGACUGAAGAGAAAAAUUCAAAUCUGCUUGAGUCUCAGAAUGUUGACUGUAGCCAUGGAUAUCCUAAACCUCAAUUAGCUGAAGAAAACACUCAUGAAAAUGCUCCCCUAUCGAAAGCAAUAGAUAAUGCUUCAGUUGCUGAAAAUGUAGAAAUCAAGAAGCCUGUUGUAGAUAUUGGAAGACCUAAUGAUAUUGAAGAAGAGGUCAUGGAAUCUUCUGAAGUUAAAGAUGCUAGUGACCAUUCCAAAAUUAACUGUGAAAUUCCUAAUUCUAUUGCAGCAAGUGAUGAUAAUCUGCAAAAAUUUGAAAUAAUUUCAAAUCCUUCAGUCUUUAAAGAUGUUGACACCUUCAGUACUAACACUCAUCUACUAAAUUCUCCCAAAUCAAUUCAAGGGAGUCAAAGUAAUAUUGAUAUCUCAUUUGAGGGCAGAACUCAAAUGGCUAAUUCUCCAGUUGCUGCAGUAGCUGUUGAAAAUGAUAUUCAAAUAGACAUCACUCCUACUUCACCUAACAAACAACAGCAAGUAGGAAACGGGAAGCAUGCGGGUUCUCAAUCCAGACAGAAUAUUAAUGAAAAACCCAACAGAAAAGAGUUAAAUGAAAUUACUGAUCUUGUUACAGCUGUAAAUGACACCCAUAUAUGUGAGGAUGACAUUUCUACAAUUCUAAAAGGCGCAGAACCCAGUGAUAGUGCUGAAACCGCAAACUAUGAUGAACAGGAACCAAAUAUUCAAUUCGAAGAAAAAACAAAUGGAUUUAUCUGUGAUGAUGAUGACUGGGAGCUGUUAAACUGUGAUAAAACUGUUAUAAAUGCUUCUCGGUUAUGUCGCGAAAGUCUCUAUGUAAAGUUUGAUCCACUACUUGGAUUGAAUAACACAAUUGAUUUUGACAUGAACAAAAGGAAAAGUGUGAGUAAACAACCUGCAUUAGAGAAAAUUAAGAGUCCACCAAAAUCACCUGAUCUUAUAAUGAUGGAUUCACCAACACGUAAAUCCAUGUACCAAAAAGUCAAUCCCCUGAGAAAAACAAACAACAGCACAAACAACAAUCUUGAUGACAUUUUCUCAUUAUCACCUGCAAAUAACAAUGCCGAUGCAAUAUUUUUUGGUACACCUUUGCCACAGAAAAAGAACAGUGAAAUUGUUCAGGUAUUAAAAUACACAGAAGAAGACUGGCUGAAAAUGAAACAGAAUAUUGAGUUGGAAUAUCAAAACCGUUUGAUGUCUGCUAGCAAGGAACUUACUCAUAAAAUGUCUGAAUUAACUGAGGAACACCAGAAGGCUUUGAAUGAAAAGGAUGUUGAAAUGGAACAAAGGAAAAAAGACCUGUUGCAACUGCAAACUGAGAAGAAAGCUGGUCAAGAAAAGCUUAAUGAAAUGAAGAAAGUCUUGGAUGAAUAUACUGUCUUGAUGGACCAUCUAGCUGCUGAAAAACAGAAACGUGCAGAUGACUAUACAAAGGGUAUUGAUGGAAGUAAGAAGGAAGUUGAUCUUAUCCAAGAUGAAUUGCAGACAGUUCAAAAAGCUUAUUCAGAUUUACAUCGACGUUUUGAAAAAGCAAAGACAAUAAUAGAAAGCUUGAAAAAGAAUGAAGAAAUGUUAAAGGACCAUGUUAAGGAUAUGGUAUCAAAAGUAAAAGAAGGAAAAGUGGCACUUGUCACACUGAAGAAAGAAAGUCAAGAAACUCAAUCUAACCUUGAAAAGGAAGUAGCAGCCUUGAAGAAGAAAUUGACAAUUGAUACCUCUUGUCUUGAAGCUUCGGGUAAACGCAAAGAUAUGAAAAUUGCGGAACUACAAAAUGAGCUUGAAUUAAAGAAAAAUCAAAUAAAAGAACUCACGAAAAUAUGUGACGAUUUGAUGGAGAAAGUAGGAUAGGGUCAUUGAUUUUCCAUAGCUGGAUUUUAAUGCUUUAUAUAUUAUGUACAUUUAUAUAAAAUGUUAUUAAAAAAUUGUCGGUGUUACUGGCAAUUAUCAUCUUUACAUAUGAAUGUGUGUGAAACGUGUAUGUGUGCAUGCUUGCAAUUAUGCCUGGACUAAUUUAUCAAAAAUUCCCCUUGUGUGCAGAGGUGAGGGGAGUCAUUUUCUAUUUUAAUGUAAAUGAAUAAAUAAACCCUAUCAAACUUAGUUGUUUUUUGAGCUUCAUGAGAUAAAUGUGAUAUGAUUGUGCAUGGUGACAGUUGUAAUUCUUCAAGCAUCAACCAUUUUAUUCUUUUAAAUUCGUGUUCAUAUGCAUUUUGUAAAAAUAAAAUGAUUCAUUUUUA